GGUGGGGGCAGGACAGGUGGAGUUGGGUUAGCUUCAGCUUUUAUUGAGGGUUCUUGGUGGAGGAGAGACCCAGUCUGAAUCCUGUGUUAAAGGUCAUUCUGGCUUCUGGGAGGAGAGUGAAGCCAGCAAGGCCUGGGUGGCAGCAGGGAAGCUGGUGCAGUGACUUGGUCAGGGCUGGAGCUUUCCUUGGACUCUUUUGGGUGAUAUUUAAAGGGUUGAGGUGCUGAACGAUUCCUGACACCCCACGUGAAGAGGUCAGGGAGCAGGAGCCCUAUAGCCAGUGCCAACGAAAAACAGAUACUAUCAUGUAGCCACAUGAUGUCAAACACGUCUUGCUAAGUUGCUCUGGCUGGCCUGGAACUUGGGAUGCUCCUGUCUCAGCUUCUUGAGUAGCUGGGAUUGUAGGUGUGCACCCGCCUGCCUGGCUUGUGGUGCCCUUUUAGCAAAAUUUGCAUAUACAGAUGCAGCAAGACGUGGUGAAACACCGGAGGCUGUGUGUGGACUGGGGGUGCUGUCUUGGGGUGUGGAGUGUUGGACCAGCCCAGGACAGUGGGAACAGCUCUUGGUUGCUGCCCUCUGCAGGUCUUUGGAGGCUCUGCAGAUGACCUAAUGACUUGGAAGUCUGUGCCUUCUGCCAUGAAAGGUGCUGGUCCUACAGGUCUGGGGUUGGAGUGUUGCUUGGUGAUGCCUGGAUUGAUUCCAAGGGCUUCGUGACGUGUGGGGGUUACAGCUCUCAUGGCUGCAGCCAGUGUGACCCCCCCUGGCUCCCUAGACCUGCUGCAGCCUGGCUUCUCCAAGACCCUCCUGGGGACCAAGCUAGAGGCCAAGUAUUUGUGCUCUGCCUGCAGAAACGUCCUACGGAGGCCCUUCCAGGCCCAGUGUGGCCAUCGCUACUGCUCAUUCUGUCUAACCAGCAUCCUCAGCUCCGGGCCUCAGAAUUGUGCUGCCUGUGUUCAUGAGGGCAUAUACGAGGAAGGUGUUUCUAUUUUAGAAAGCAGUUCGGCUUUUCCAGAUAAUGCUGCCCGCAGGGAGGUGGAGAGCCUGCCGGCCAUCUGUCCCAAUGAUGGGUGCACUUGGAAGGGGACCUUGAAGGAAUAUGAGAGCUGCCACGAAGGACUCUGCCCAUUCCUCCUGACUGAGUGCCCUGCGUGUAAAGGCCUGGUCCGCCUUGGGGAGAAAGAGCGCCACGCCGAACAGGAGUGCCCAGAGAGGAACCUGGACUGCCAGCACUGCCAGGAGCCCUGUGGCCAUGCAGGCCUGGAGGCACACCAUGAGGUCUGCCCCAAGUUCCCCUUGACCUGCGAAGGCUGUGGCAAAAAGAAGAUCCCUCGGGAGAAGUUUCAGGACCACAUCAGGACAUGUGGCAAGUGCCGAGUCCCCUGCAGAUUCCGUUCUGUUGGCUGCCCCGAGAUGGUGGAGGCUGAGGGGCUGCAGGAGCACGAGGCAGAGCAGCUGCGGGAGCACCUGGCCCUGCUGCUGGGCUCCCUCCUGGAGGCACAGGCUCUCCCAGGGUGCCAGAGCCAGGUGCAGCCAGAGCUGCUGCAGCGGUGCCAGACCCUGGAGCAAAAGACGGCUACCUUUGAGAACAUUGUCUGUGUCCUGAACCGAGAGGUGGAGAGGGUGGCCGUGACUGCCGAGGCCUGCAGCAGGCAGCACCGGCUAGACCAGGACAAGAUCGAAGCCCUGAGCAACAAGGUGCAGCAGCUGGAGAGGAGCAUUGGCCUGAAGGACCUGGCCAUGGCUGACCUGGAGCAGAAGGUGCUGGAAUUGGAGGCAUCCACUUACGAUGGGAUCUUUAUCUGGAAGAUCUCAGACUUUGCCAGGAAGCGCCAGGAGGCUGUGGCCGGCCGCACCCCUGCCAUCUUCUCCCCAGCCUUCUACACCAGCAGGUAUGGCUACAAGAUGUGUCUGCGCGUCUACCUGAACGGUGAUGGCACCGGGAGAGGAACACAUCUGUCUCUCUUCUUUGUGGUGAUGAAAGGCCCCAAUGACGCCCUCCUGCGGUGGCCCUUCAACCAGAAGGUGACGUUGAUGCUGCUGGACCAGAACAACCGGGAGCAUGUGAUCGAUGCCUUCAGGCCCGACAUAACCUCAUCCUCCUUCCAGAGGCCGGUCAGUGACAUGAACAUUGCCAGCGGCUGCCCCCUCUUCUGUCCCGUAUCCAAGAUGGAGGCCAAAAAUUCCUACGUGCGAGAUGAUGCCAUCUUCAUCAAGGCCAUUGUGGACCUGACUGGGCUGUAGCCAUCCCACAGCAAGCACAGGAGCUCAGCGAGGAGCUGCCAGGCUGGCCUAGAGCCCUGCCACGCAGGGCAGGCAGUCUGGGUGCAGGUGCUGGGGAGGCCUCAGCCUGCAGCCACGCUCACUGUUACACGGGAAAGGAGCUGCUGGCCAGUCCUCAGCUGGCAGAGACUGUGGAGAGACCCUGGGAUGACUCACCCCAGGGCCCUGGUGGGACUGGCCAGGGCACUUCUGAUUCCCAUCAGAACUGCCCUCCCUGUUUCCUGUGCAGUGUAGGGAGAGUCGCCGGGCAGGGUGCCCAGAGGGGAGCUGCUCUCGUGAGGGCUUCAGAGCUGCCCGAGCAUCAGGAGUGUGCCUUCGGUGUGGUCAGCAGAGAGGAAGCGUGGUCUGUGCUGGAGCAGGGCCUCUGUCUGCAGAGUGUGGCCCUGAAGAGAAGGGGCCCUGGAAACCCAGUGCUCUUGGACAGGAGCCUGUGCUGGCCAGGCUGGCAAGAGGUGCCCAGGCUGCCCCAUGUUGGCUGCACCAGCAGGCUGAGGAGAAAUCACUAUUAAACUGUUCAGACCUCUGUGGUGAGUUGUGUCCUUCUGGCUCCAGCUUGCCAGUGGCUACCAGCCUGGGCAGUGGUGACCCUCUAGAACCUUCCUCCUUUCCCAGGGGCCUUUUCUGUUCCUUACACCCUGGGGCUGCCUUCCCUGUUCUUACACCCUGCCAGCUCCCCAGAGGUUCCCAUGAGGACAGGGCCACGUGUGAUCCCAUCCUGGGCCUGGCUGUAGUGGGGCAGCCUCCUGCCGGGAGCCAGGCCCAGCAACUCGCGGGUUCCCCUAGGUGGCCUUGCCAAGCCCUUCCCCAUGCUCAGACCUUGUCAAGCAGCAUGGCAGAAAUGGUCCCUGCCAGCCUCCCUGCGAGCAGGGAGCUCCCUCAAGGAUCCUGGCCUGGCUUGUUCCCAAGACUGAGUAGGUGGGGUGUGGGUGUGGUGCUCUGCUCAGGCCCAGGCUGUGCCGCCAGGCUUGCUAGUGUGUCAUCAGCAGGAAGGAGGUGUGACCUCCCCCACCCUCACUGGGCAUUUUGAGUUGUCACCAGGUAGAAAGGCACAGAGAGCCAGUGAGGAUGAGCACUAGGGCUGCUGGGGUUGGGGUGUGCUGUCCUGCUCGCUGUUCCCACGAUGGCCGCUCCCCGUUCUGCCUGGGUUUCGGAGCGUGUGCUCUACAGUGUGUAGAACCAUGCCCUGAAGCGUGGGCAGGUGCCUGGGCGUCUCAUUCACCCGUCCUAAGCCCGUGUGGACUUCGGCUGAUGUGUGAUGUGCUGCUGGACGACACAACCUGCUCCCUUCUCCUGAGACCGUGUCGAGUUCUCGAUGACUAUGAGCAACGGUGCAGACCCGGCUGCCUUCUGUGGACCCGGAGAGUUGGGCCACAGUGUCUCCUCUUCUUAGAUGCUGCUGACCUGCUCUGGGGCAGGUGCCCACCCCUCUGUCCCUGCAGUGCUUCAUGUCAUCAGACUUUACUGUGUGUGGACGGUCCAUCCUCACUUACAUUUCCCCAAGGACACAGUGGGGUCAGACCUCUAUUAGGUUCAUUACUCAUUUGGGAUCCUCCUACAGGAAUCGUCAGCUUUUGUCUGUGUUCACUGUUCUACUGGGAUGUUGAACCUGGUUUCCUCCUGGUUGGUACAGGCUGGUCAUCUCCCUGGGUGCUAGUCCUUGGUUUGAAAUACGUUUGUAUUUUAUUUUUAUUUUCGGGGGGUAACUGGGAUUGAAUUCAGAGGCACUCAACCACUGAGCCACAUCUGCAGCCUUAUUUUGUCUUUUAUUUACAGACAGGGUCUCAGAGUUGCUUAGCACCUCACUGUUGCUGAGGCUGACUUUGAACUCGAGAUCCUCCUGCCUUAGCCUCCCGAGCAGGCGUGCACCACUGUGCCUGGCAAAAUAUGUUUGUGGUGUUUAUGUGCAGAAAUUGAAAAUUUAGAUAUGAUCAGUUGAAUAUUGGUUUUAAAGUUUUGUUUUGUUAUGUGUUUUGGUAUCUGGGGUUUAACCCAGGAGUGCUUUACCCGGAGAUACAUCCCUAGACCUUUUUACUUUUUGAGACAGGGCCUCAUUAAGUUGCUGAGACUGGCCUCAAACUGAAGGUUCUUCUGUCAGCCUCCUGAGUUACUGGGAUCUCAGGCAGUUUUAUUUUUAAUACAGAGAGUUUCUGUGUUUGGGAAUUUAUAUGUAAUGUCUAUUCUUAGAAUGAAUUCAGGUUAAAGCUGGGGGAUCAUUGGUGUCAUUUUCUCUCCCUUGAAAGGAAAAGGAAGCUGGUUAUGUUGGUGGAGACCUAUGAUCCCAGUUAUUUAGAGGCUGAGGCAGGAGGAUCCAGGUUCAAGGCCAGUCUGGGCAACUUACUGAGACCCUGUCUCAAAAUAAAAUUGGAAAAAAACCCAGAAGGGCUGGAAUAUAGCUAAGUCAUAGAGCACCAGGACCUAGCAUACAUGAGGCCCUGGGUUUCUUCCCCAGCACUUCCAAAAUGAAAAAAAAGGAGGAGGAGGAGGAAAUAGACUGGGGUGUAGCUCAAUGGCAGUGCAUGUGGCCCUGGGUCUCUUCCCUGGUAUGUGUGAGCACACACACAAAAGAAGAAAGAUAAAAAGAAAUGGAGCUACAAAGUGAGAGGAGUGGGGACAAAGCUGGGAGAAGGCCACAGCAAAGAGCUCUAAUCCAUUUUGCAAGUGGGAAGUGGGUCAGGAAGUGGCAACUGAGCAGAAAAGGGUGGAGGUAGUGAGCUGCCCACCUGUCGGGCUGCUGGUCUGGGGAAGGGGCUGGGAGUGAAAGGGGAUCUCUUGCAGGUGUCUCUGCUGUCCUGGGAGGCAAGCUGUCCUCCCGACCUCACCCUGCAGGGGCAAUGGGUAUGGAGAACCUGGUGGAAAGCCAGACGGUCCCCACCCCAGUGCAGAGGGGCUGGGGUGCAGCUGAAGCGGGAGAGGUGGAGGGCAGUGGCAGGAGAAGGUCCUCCAGGAAGAUCUGUGAGUAGGCUGGCCCACAGCCUCCCCCAGGGAGGCGUCGUCGGACUCUGCUCACACCCUGGGUCCCCAGUUUAUAGUGUCACCAUCAUCUCUAGUUUUAGGGCACUUUACUGAAAAAGAACCUGACAGCGGGGGCUGGGGAGAUAGCUCAGCUGGUGGAGAGCUUGUCUUGUAAGCACAAGGCCCUGGGUUUGAUCCCCAGCACCCAAAGAAAGAAAGAAAAAGAACCAGACAGCGGCCAGUCUGUCCUCUCCCUCAGGCUCACUGCCUCAGGUCCACCUCUGCCUGGCAGGUCUGCCCACUGUGGACAGCCCUGUGGUGGUGCGGACCUGGCUCUGGCACCCAGCGUGGUUCCAGAGUCUCACUUCCUUACAGUUGGAAGUGGGGGAACAUUGGUUUCUCCACUCAGUCGAGGGGCAUUUGGGUGGUUUCCCUUUGCUGGUCACCCUGAAGAUGUUCUCUCAACAUUUGCUCCAUUUCACCUGGUUGUGCUUUCAUUUUUCAACUUGCCCUGCCUGGGAGUAGAGCCCCUGGGCUGUAUGUUUAACUUCUUAUCUUUCUUUUCUGGUGCUGGGGGUGAACCCGGGGGCUCCCGCAGAUGCUGGGCAAGCUCCGCCUCUGAGCCACACCCCCGGGUUCAGUGCCCUGAGGUGCCCGGACUCGGUGCUCACUCCCUUCAGUGAAUUCUCAGGCACGCCCCAUUGGUCUUCUGUGCUCCCUGUGUUGGCUGCAGCUUAGGCCCACCGUGUCUUUCCAGCACACUGUAAGGCACAGGGGAGUGGUGCCAGCAUUGGGGGUGUUUCUGUGUCCCAGCCACUCUGUCUUGUUUGUCUUGAGAAAGAACAUCCUUUCCCCAAGGGCCAAGACUUCCUGUGCCCAGGCUGUGUACCCGCCGGGCGCAAGCCACCACCUGGGCCUCGAGGGCGGGACCGUGGCUGUGCCCCACUGCGCCAGCCUGUCUUGCCCUCUUUCUUGGUGUGGGUUACCUGGCUUAGCUUUCUGGUGGGUGAUUUCUCCUAGCACUUUGAAGCUACUACGAUCCUGUCACCUGGAUCUGCUGCUUCAACAUCUGCUGCUUGUCUGCCAUUCUUUGUUCAGGUAAAAUGAAUUUUCUCCCUAAGGGCUUUUUAAAGUCUCUCAUAGUACAAGUAUGUCUUUUCUCCUUUUGGUGCAGUUCUGUGAAUUCUCGCCCACUUGGGCUCCAUCCUCCAGGCCCCUGCCCUUUCCAGGCUUGCCCUGGUGCCACUCCCCGUCCUCCCUGGCUGCUCUGUGAGUGGAGCUGUGCAUCCUAUGGCGCACGCCCUUGAGUCGAGGUGCCACUGCCCUGCUUUGCUGCAGUGUCAGCGCGCGGGUGACACAGGGAGUCUGUUCGUCCCCGGAAGCGUAUCUGCGUUGUUUUGCUGUGUUUAUUUGGAUCUUCACAGUUGUGAAUAGAGCUGCUGUGACGUUUGUGUCAGAGGAGCGGGUCCACUUCUCCAGGGCAGAGUAUUCAGGGGUCGGCUGCCGGGUCACACAGUAAAGGAAUCUGUCUUCCCUGUUGAUUUGUUUUUGAGACAGGUCCUCACUGUGCAGCCCAGGCCGGUCUCUGGUGCCUGGGCUCCAGGGAUCCUCCUGCCUCAGCCUCUCAGCAGCUGGGGCUGGAGUCAUGCAUCACCAUGUCUGGCUUGGCGAGCACAUGUGAGCUCCUAGGACUGACAGACACCUUCCAGAAGUGCUGCACCCAAGUGGAGCCCCGCUGCACGGUCCACGUGCUCAGGGCACUGGGAAGGGUCAGUGCUUGGUCCUCGUGAGGAGUGCGCGGUGCUGUCUCCCUGAGGUGUCCAUUCACUCCCCUCGUUCCCCGGCUGGCAUGAGGCACAAGGCAGGAGGCUGGGCUUGUGAAGGGUCCUCUCUGGAAGUGUGGCGGUGUAGGCUUUGUUGGGCACUCAUCACGUUGAGCAGCUUCCCUGCUCUUUGUAGUUUGCCAGGAGUUGGUUUGCGCUGGGGGUUGCACCCAGGGUGCUCCACCACUGAGCUGCACCCAGCCCUUCUCAUGUUUCAUUUUGACGCAGGGUCUGGCUGAUUGCCGAGGCUGACCUGGAACUCUGGACCCUCCUGCCACAGCCUCCUGAGGUGUCGGGGUCCCAUGCACCACCAUGCCAGCUGGAGUUUUGGUUUUCUUUACUUGGCCUUGUUUUGUCAGUGCUUAUUCUCAUGAGGAGGAGGGAGUUCAUGCUGCCGGCCUUCUGUACUGCACUGUGGUGACCUGCCCUGACGGCCCAGCCUUGCCUUCCUGGAGGGACCUGUGUGGUGGGGCCAUGCUGUUUGUUACCUGCUGCUGUGUUUGAGUUCAUGUUCUGCUGAGUCUCUGGCUUGUGUGUGUGAGGUGUAUUCAUCUGUGGUUCUUUUUGUAUGGUAGUCCCUUAUUUGUGGUUUCACUUUCCAUGACGUGUUACUCUUGUUCAGCUGCAGUCCAGAAGUGUUAAAUGGAAAAUUCCAGAAAUAAGCAGGUCAUAAGCUUCAAAUCGUGUUGCCCAUCUGAGGAGCAUGUUGAAAUUGCACACCAUCCUUGUACCAGUCUUCUGGGUCACCCCAGCACCCAGCUCGUCUGUGCACAUGCCCCACCCACCCAUAGGCACUGGCAGCCAAAGCCAUGGCAGUAUCAGUGCUGUUUGCUUGUAGCCCUGGUUAGUGAAUCAUGACCCCACAGUGCAAGAGAGUGCUGAUGGAGACCCAGAAGUGCCAAGAGAAGCCACUAAGCGAAAAGGUAAAUACGGGGGUGGGGGGGUUAAGAGAGAGACCACGGUCACAUCACUUUUAUUAUGAUACGUUUUUAUGUCUUUUAUUGUGCCAUCGGUCAGUCUCAUAUUGUGUCUGAUUUCUAAAUCAAGCUUUGCCACAGGUGUGCACAUGUGUGAAAAUGCAUGCUAUGUAUAGAAUCUGAUGCCAUCCAAGGUUUCUGGCAUCACAUCUCCCAUGGGUUAGUUAGGGACCCUGUGUUAUCUUUGUCUGGUUUUGGUCUUAAGUUUGUAUAGUCAGAAAGUCGGUAGCAGGAGUAGGGUUAUUGGUACAACAAAUAUCCCAAAAUGUGAAAGUGACUUUAGAGCUGGAUAGUGAGUGGAGCUGGGAACAUUGGGAGGAGCCGGCUGGGAAAGGACUAGAUGACCGUCCAGGGGUGCUCGGGUGGCAGCUGCAGCAUCUGGACUUCCCAGGUGGCUCCAGUGGCCGUGAGCUCAGUGUUGGUGCAGGUGUGGACAAUAAAGGCAUCCAGUGAGACCUCAGACAGAAGUGAGGACCAGGUGUUGGAAACCAGGAAAGGCCAGCCUUGUUCAGAGUGCAAGGGACUUGGGAGACUUCGUCCUGGCCCAGGGCUUUGUGGGAGGUGGAACUUCAGGGGUAUGCCCCUGAAUCUCCAGGCAGCGCAGCGUUCCAAGUGCCGUGAGCCUUGGAUUGCAUGUAGCUAGGUGCCAGGGGAGAAGAACAGUGUGGAUGUGGAGUUCUGGUCUCGAAGGUUGGCAGAAUUAGAGACCAGAAGGCUUCUCAGCCUGGCUGUAGUGGAGAAUGAAAAGGCAUUUUCAGGAGAGGAAUCCCUUGGUGUGCUGCCCCGCCACCCCAGGCCCCAAGUACAAGGCCUCGAGGAGGGAAGUGUUUCAAAGGAGAGGCCUAGGGCACCUUAGGGACUUUGGGUUCUGCUCUCAAGGCCCGAGGUUUCUGUCCCCCACAUUCCUGCACAGCACUCACCAACCCAGCAUGUGCUGGGCCCAGAUGUGGCUGAACCUGCUGAUCCAGAAAGUACUGCCAUAAACCCAGGCAGUAACCAUUUGGUGCUCAUUCUGCAGGUGUGAAAGAUGCAGGCGGUGGCGGGUGACAGCCUCCAACUGGGUUUCAAGGGUAGCAGAGAGUGCCCAGUGGGGCAGCCCCCCAGAACUGUGGGGCUGCCGUGGCACAGCUCCUGCCUAGGAGAGCUGCAUGUGAGACUCGAGCACUGCCCUGGUGGCUGCCCAGCCCCCCUUAGGGUGUCUGGAAGGCAGGACAGUCAGUGUUUCCCAGCUUUAGGAGUUAGUGGGGUCUGCCCUAUGAGGUUGGGCUGCUUGGGCCCUGUUCUCCCUGAACCUUGCCUGUCUCUCCUUUGGAGUAGGAAGUCUAUCCUGUGCCUGCCUCACCAUUGUGCUUUGGAAGCUCCUGACUCGUGCCAUCGCAGAGAGAGGGCAUUUGCCUCUGAGUCAUGGCGAGUACCACCCAGGCUGACUCAGGCAGGGUUCUGCGUUGCCCAUUUGAGUUGGUGCUGGAAGAAGUUAGGAUUUAGGGCUGGGAUGAAUGUUUGUUUUAUAGGUAACAAGAACACGAGUUUGGGGGGCCAGGGACAGAACGCUGUGGUUUUAUUGUCUGUCCUGCCAAAAUUCGUUGAAACUUGAUUGUUAUCAUGACAGUAUUAGGGGGUCUGAGAGAUGCUGGGCAAGGGGGCCUGCCCUCAUGGGUGGGAUGGGUGCUGCUGUGGAAGGGCUGCCCAGGAGGAAGCCCUCACAGGCACAGGCCUUUGCUCUUGGACCCCCAGUCUUCACAACUGUGACCCAAUAAACUUCUGUCCAUUAUAAAUUA